AUGGAGAUUUCUGCGUCUGCUUCUCUAUCUUCCUCUGGAUUCGUUCCUCGUCUUCUUCCAUUGUUCUAUCCUCAAAUUCAAACUACUACUUCCUCCAAACCUUUACCGUCUUCUUCCUCCGUUAGACUCAUUUCUUCUCACAGACGUACAGCUCCGUCUCGGUGUCUCUCCGAUCAGUCUGCGUUUACCGGGACCAAUGUUCUUGAUUCGGAUCCCAUUGAUGUUGUUAAGAGGAAAGCUAUGGACAUAGCCCCUGAACUCAAAGGAGCUUCAAUAUUUCUGGUUGGGAUUAAUAACCCCAUUAAAACAAAGUUGGGGAAGCUUUUGGCUGACUCAUUACGAUAUUACUACUUUGAUAGUGAUAAUUUGAUCGCAGAGGCGGCUGGUGGAAAUGUGUCUGCUCAAGCUUUAAAGGAAGCUGAUGAGAAGGCUUUUCAGGAAUCAGAGACUGAAGUGCUAAAGCAGCUAUCAUCUAUGGGUCGGCUUGUCGUUUGUGCUGGAGAUGGUGCGGUCCAGAGCUUGACAAAUCUUGCACUUUUAAGACACGGGAUCUCCAUAUGGAUCGAUGUUCCUGUGGAUAUCGCAGCUAAAGGAGAUUCAUUAAACUCAGAACUUUCCCCUGAGUUGUUUGAAGCGCUAAAAGCGAGUUACGAGAAAUCAAGAAAGGGUUACGAUACAGCAGAUGUAUCCAUUUCCCUUGAAAGAAUAGCUACAAAGCUGGAAUGUGAAGACUUGGAAACAGUAACAUCUCAAGACAUUGCUCUGGAGGUCUUGAAAGAAAUCGAGAAGUUGACCAGAGUGAAGAAAAUGAUGGAAGAAGCUUCUCGACCUUUCUAG